UAAUAACAGAGAAGGAUCAAAUAAUGACCGGACUAGCUAGCUGGCAAUUUAAGAUGUAAUCUAACUGAGAGGGUCAGUUAUAAUGCUGAAAGCAACUUAUGAAGAAAAUAGAUCUACUCCUCUAACUCUAUCAUUUGUUGCUUUCUUCUUUCCAUGUUGUUGAUGAUCCAGUGGUGGCAUCUAGCUUAGAAACUAGGCACAGAUAAUGGGAAAGACAGGCAAAUGGCUUAGAAGCUUCUUGACAGGAAAGAAAGACAAAGAUCACAAGGACAAGGAAAAAUGUCCAACUACUGCUACCACCACCACCACUAAUCAGAAUUGCUCACCUGCCACUACUCACGAUCAGAAUCCCACCACUCCAAAUUCAACACCAAAGGAGAAGAGGAGGUGGAGUUUCAGAAGGUCAUCUGCCACAUCCCCAGCUUCAAAGGACUCAAAUGUUGUAGAAGCAUCACCAACCACACCACCACCUGUGCACACAACAUUGGAUUUCUCUGAUAAUUAUGAGCAGAAAAAACAUGCCUUGGCAGUGGCAGCAGCCACAGCUGCUGUUGCUGAUGCAACUGCAGCAGCUGCACAAGCUGCAGCUGCUGUCAUGCGGCUGACAGCAGCUGCCAAUGAGAAAACUGCAGCCAUUGAAGAGGCGGCCGCCAUCAAAAUUCAAUCUGUAUUUCGUUCUUAUCUGGCAAGAAAAGCAUUGUGUGCAUUGAAAGGACUAGUAAAGUUGCAGGCAUUGGUAAGGGGUCACCUGGUGAGAAAACAGGCCAAAGCCACGCUGCGGUGCAUGCAGGCAUUGGUGACAGCACAGGCUCGAGCUCGAGCUCAGAGGAUUCGGAUGGUUGAAGAUGGAAAUACUGUUAAUCCUAGGCCAUCCACCGGCAGAAGGUCUUUACAGGACAAUCGGCUCAGGCAUUCUUAUAAUGAAUUUGAUAGAGGCAUGGAAGAGAACAUUAAGAUUGUGGAGAUGGAUCUUGGGGAAUCAAAAGGAAAUGUGAAGGGCAGAAACAGCUACUCGAAUCACACACAAGCCGAUCGACCAGACUCUAGAUUUUCGACUCAGUCUGCACCAAAUCAUCAACCAUACAUAAAACCAGACAACUGCAGCAAUGUCUCACCAGCUCCGUCAGCUCUGACUCAGGACAUGAUGAGUCCAGGAGCCUGUAGUGGCCAUUUUGAGGACUUUUCCUUCGGAACAGCACAAAGCAGCCCCCAGUGCUACUCUGCAAUGUCCAAACCGGAUCCAUCAAGAGUUCCUUUCGCUUUUCCGAGGCCAGAUUAUGCAGAACAAUUGUCCUAUGACUACCCAUUGUACCCAAAUUACAUGGCCAAUACACAAUCUUCAAAGGCCAAAGCCAGAUCACAGAGUGCACCAAAGCAAAGACCUCCAGAUGCAUUUGAGAGACAACCAAGCCGACCGCGAAGGACAUCAAUGGAAGGAAGGAAUCAUAUCCCAAGGUCUGUGAAGAUGCAGAGGUCAUCUUCACAUGUAGGUUCCACUGCUCAAAAUUACCAGUACCCUUGGUAUAAUAUCAAGCUGGAUAGAUCCUCAGUUUCACUAAUGGAAAGUGAGUGUGGCUCCAGCAGUACUGUGCUCACCACAAAUACCAACUACUGCAAAUCUCUUGUUACAUUUAAUGGACAUGGAAGUAGGUACUAAUAAACAGUGCAUAUAUCCCUUCCCAAAGUAAAAAAGAAUAUGCAGAGAGUAAUUAGAGAAUGCAAGCUCCAAUGGGAAUGGACUAAGAUGGUGAAGAUCUUCCUCACCAAAAUUUCUGACCUCUUGAUUAUAUUUUUUUUGGGGUUUUACGUCUGGUUUUGCAAGACUGUAUUUUAUUGAAGUUCCCAUUUUGCAUUUGAUGUUUCCAUUAGGCUAAAUAUGUGCUCCAGAGGCUUACAGGUUCAGAUAAGUAGCUUUAUCCGGAUGACAAUGUAAUUACAUUGUAAUCUGUCUAUAUAAUUCAUCAAGCAUUAUUUUCUGAGA